UGUCAGCUGCUGACGUAAAGGCUAAAAAGAAACAACAUGCGAGGUUGAUUUUAUGUAUACACGCAUGAUACAAUCGUUUUGAAGGUGUAUAAAACUGUAAAGCGGCCAUGGAUGUAGAACUAUAUUUGAUAGCUGCUUCCAUCCUCGCGGUCCUGAUAUUUUUCGCUGUGAAGUUGCGGAAAAAGACGCAGGAAGCUGAUAGAGAGAAUGAGCAAGCUGUUGUCAGAGCUGCAGGUGUUCGCCAUCGUGCAGUUGUGGAGGAGCGAGGCGCUGGAAUGCCUCGUAGGAGGAGAAACCUUGCAGCAGUGAUGGCCAACAGGCGACCACAGAGGGAAGCAGAGGAGCUCGAAGAGGAGCGAGAAGAGCAGCAGCAGGGGGAAGAGGAAGAUGAGCCAGAACCACAGACCUUUCAGCCAAGUGCAAAAAUUGGGGCUAAAAAGCAAAAGAAGCUGGAGGAGAAACAGGCCAAGAAAGCCCAGAGAGAGGCAGAGAUGGAGGAGCGUGAAGAAAGGAGGAGGAUGCAGGAACUAAGAGAGCAGGAGAGACAGCAGCAGGAGGAGAAAGAGAGACUGCUGGAAGAGAAACAGGAGGAGGAGCAGCGGCGGGCCAAAGAAGAGCAGGAGAGACGAGAGGAGGAGGAGUACCUAAGGCUCAAAGCCUCUUUUGUAGUAGAAGACCAGGGCGAGGAGGAAGAGCUCUCUGAAGACCAGUCACGCAACCUACUCCAAGAAUUCAUACAUUACAUAGAGAGCUCUAAAGUUGUUCUACUAGAAGACUUAGCCUCUCAUUUUGGGAUGAGAACACAGGAUGCCAUUGGUAGACUGCAGGAUCUGCUAGCAGAAGGCUCUCUCACAGGGGUAAUUGAUGACAGGGGGAAGUUCAUUUCCAUCACUCCAGCGGAACUGGAUUCUGUGGCUCAGUUCAUAAAACAAAGAGGCAGGGUUUCCAUCACGGUGCUGGCCAAGGCCAGUAACUCUUUGAUCAAUCUGACUCCAGUGAUCCGUAGCACAACCUGAGAACAGGACUUGAUCUGCUGCUGAAUAUUCGAUUGGUCUACAGUGAUCUCACACCUUUGUGCAGGGCUUGAGCAGAGUUUUAUGUUUAAAUCAGUUCUGUGGUUUGUUAGCGCCACUGUCUUUGUCUUACCUAAAAAGAGCAACAUUUUCCUGAAGCUGCACAAGGUACAGUAUCAUGGACCUUCUAGCCCAACCUUGUUGCUGUCAUGCAACUUAACCCUUUCAAUUAUUCCUCAAGACUUAAUGCAAUGUACCAAACAUUUGUCAAAAAGAUUUUGGCCAUCGCAGCCUUUCUUUUUGGAGAGAUUUUCAGGACAUAUCAUUUUUUUAAAUUAAAAAAACAAGAGUCCAGUUUCAUGUGCUCCUUUAGGAGUACUUUUUUGUCUUCUAAUUUCUUGAUGUUCUUGCUCAGUAAAGACAUUUUUUCUUUCUUUAAUCACAUCAUUUGAGUCCAUUCAGGCACCAUUUUCAGACAGGUGUCUGCUGCAUUUCAUCCUGUGAUUUCUGAUCCUCUUUUCCCUUCGUUAACUCCCAUGUGGAGGUGGCUCCUCGAUCCUGAAAGCACAAGAACAGUCCAUCAGUGUAACCAUAUCUGGGUUGCAACUACCUGGUCCCUCACCUUUAUAAGCACGCCAAGAGGUGCCAGGUUAUUCCUUAGAUCAUCACUGGCUUUAAGGAGGGGGAUUCUUUCUGGAUAAAGUGCUGGCUUCUUGGAAGUAGUCGUUUGUUGGGCGAGAGCAAAUGCUCUGACUUCACUUCGGAAUUGAGUCAGUUGAUCGACGACAGCCUGGAGGCUUCCAGAGUGGCUCAUCACCUCAGUCUCCUGCAUGUACAGUACAGACGUGUAUAUGACUCCUGUUGUAUUGGUUGGUUCCAUGUGCAUGCUUACCUUGCUGUGAAACGGUUCAAUCCCAAACACGUCCAAGAUGUCUCUGAUAUAGGCCGUCAUGGCUCCAAACACUGCUGGACUUCUAUCUGCUCCAGCAGACUGAGACAAAACAGUCAAUAUGUCAGUGAAAUUAGCUGCUGUGAUGUCUGUCAUGUACGCCGAGUACUACUUAAGCUUAUGUAAGAAUUAGUGUGUAAGAUGUUACAGAGGAAAUGGGCUGUAGCUGGCAGUUUCCAUGGUAAACCAAAUCCAUGAUGGCACUCAUAGCUCGAGGGGUGUCAAAGUCAUCAGCCAGAGCGGCUGUCACGUGAGCUUUUGUCUGAGCCAACCUGACGUGAAGAAAGAUCAGACAGAAAUGUCAUGGAAUCACAGCAAAUUACAAAGUCCUUCCAUAAAAUGAAAAAACAAAACCACCUCUCCCAGAGAAACGCAUCCUGCACUGGCAAACACUGCAGCUGGCCCUUCAUGUACGACUGAGCAUCACUAAAGAAGUUAGAGAUUGUUGCCAGGGAGAUCCGAGCUUCCGACAUGCUGCUGUUGCUGUAGUCAAUAGCUAUGAAGACAUUACAGAGCAGCCUCUUAACACCAAGCUGCAGCAAUAAGCAUGUUCCGUGUUGUGUACAGGUGGAACAAACCUGAUCUAUAUUUGGUCAAGAGGCAGAACAUCCGGAACUCAUUGGCUGAGUGAGACUGUAGGAAGUCCUAUGGAAUGAAAACUAAAUAUUUAUCACACCCAUGACAGUAAGGAAUCUUACACAGUGGAGAAAAUAAGUAGUUGAUCUCCUGCUGAUUUUGUAAACUUAACCCAUCACAAGAAGAUGAAAAGUCUAGAACUUUUAUGUUAUUGUGAAAACAUUAAAUAAAGGUUGUAAAUUAUUAUGUAUUUGAUCAUCGAGGGAAAGGCUUCUUGAGACGUCAUCUGUACUUCAUCUCUCCACCACCAUAUGCAAGUCCUGUCACAGGGCGCAGUUGUCGACCUUUGGCGAGAAAAUUAUUAUUGGCAAAUAAUUAAAAAAUGGAAGAAAUACAAGCUACCAGUCUAGCUCCCUUGCUUUGGAGCUCAAUGGAAGAUUUCACCUGGUGGGGUAAAGAGGAUUCUGAGAAAGGUGAUUUGCAAAAUCAGCAAUACUUAUUUUCUCCAUUGUAUGCAAGCAAGGUGGGAGAUGGUGAAUUGGAUGAAUGCUGAGUCAGAAAUGUUGAAAGGUCUACUCUGUAAAUGAUCAACCAAAUGUGUAGUAUUCAAUCAGUUUUUUCAGGAUGAUGAUGCAAGUUACCUUGAUGGUGAUGUAGUUCUUCAGAGAUUUAGACAUUUUCUCUGCACUGCCUUUGAGAUGUAAAUGUCCUAAACAGAGUAAAAUGCAUUUUUUGUGACAGCGCAUUUUUUUUA